AAGGAAGAAAAUGGUGGUCAUAUUAAUACAUUUUAUUUAAACCAGCAUAUCUGAAUAUCAUCAUUUCAAUUUGUAAUCAAUAUACGAAUGAUUAAUGAGUAUUUUCAUUCCAAUUAAGUCUCUAAAAUUCACAUAUUUACAUCAAAGUCAUGAGAACAUAAAGAAUAAUGGAAAUAAGGCAGGAAGCUCAAAGACAUCUUUCCUCCCCACACUGAAUAUUUGACUUACAAAGGUAGUAUAAAAGUCAACACAUAAAGAAGAAUGUUUAGGAAAAUGAUUGGGGGAACUGUUAUACCAUGUGGAGGAAGUUAAAACUGGAAUCUGUUACACUAUAAAAAAUUAAACUUAAGCGGAAUUAAAGACCUAGAUAUAAAUGGUAUAAAUAAAAAAGUCAACAAUAAAUAAUGUAACCAGAACCAUGAGGUAAAAACUUAAUGGCCUAUUUGAUUUAUGGAUGGGAAGGUUAUAGCUGAUGAUCUAUAGCAAAUAUUAAAUAGUGUAAAGGGCAUAGAAUUUUAGGACAGUGGAAAAGGAUAGUUGCUUUAGAGAGAUGGAUUUGUUUAGGCUCAGAAGCUUAAAUCCUCAGCCCAAGGUAAGGUAAAAAACUAGAAAAGUGCUUAUUUGUGCUUAAAGAAUCUCUUUUUUCUUAUUAGCUAUAGGCUGAAAUAACUGAAAAUCAAGGUCAUGCUUAAUCCUGCUGGUUGCCAAAUUUUAUCAGGAGGGUAAAUUUAUCACCAGGCUUCUUAUGCAAAAACAAUAAUUGACCAGGAGACAACAACAAGAAUUUUAUUUGCAUUGAGGACCUAUGGGUAGGAGAUUUGCAGGAUUUGCAAUAUUAUAAGCGAGGCUGGGUCAGAGCUCAGAAUGGUGUACUGAAAUCCAUGCGUCUCUGGAAACAACCCCUUAAUUCUAGGCAAACCAAACAUUCAUCCUUUGCUCAUCAAAGCAGGAGUACUUCCUGUUCUAAAAAGGUUGUUACUGCUUUGCUCCAAGAUCCUAUAAUGACAUCACUCAGUUUACUUCCUGCUUCUCUGACAUGACUGCAUCUCAUCAUUUCUGCAGACACGAUUUUAGAAUCCACCAUGGAAAAAGCCAGUGUUGGUGUGUACAGUCAAACCCAGAAGACGAUUUCUCAUGAAAAGAAUUCUAAACUGUUCAUUUAUAUUGGGAAGACAGUGGGGAAAAAUGUGUGUGGUUCUGUAAAUACAGUGAGGAAGGAUAAGUGUGGAGUGAGCCCAACUGAUUGAUAGGGGUUCUCUUGGCACAGGUUCUGGAUUCAGUGUGCUCUCUUGGAUAACUGAAAAUUAACAUGCUAGCUUGUUGGUUCACUUAGGUGGUUAAGAUGUAGAAUUAAUAAUGGCCCUCAUUAAAAAGAAUUUAAAAUGUAAGCUUUUUUUGUAAAAUAUUUUCAAAAAUAGGAACAUAGGCUUAGAUUUGUCACAGGCAAUCGACGGCCCCAACUCAGUCCUCGCAAUCUCCCAAGAGGUCCUAUCCGUGACCCUUUUACUGAGACCUUGAGAAAUACAUUGCCGAAGGUAAACGUAGCAUUCAGGAAGAGCUUUUUCAAAACUCUUCUAAGCUGGGAAGGUGUCAGAAAUGUUUUGGGCCCCUUAUUUUAAUGGAGAUAUCAAAAGCUUAGGGACAGAAGUUCAGUCCAGGAGUUAGCAACUGGAGAAGAGGUGGUGACAGUAGAACACAGGUGCAGUGGAAUCAGAAUAGUUUGGGUUACAGAAAUCUUUGGUUGUGGCCAGUAAAUCACAGGAUAAAAUGUCCUGCGAUAAUGUUGAAAUAUUAACGACUAGGAUAGCACUGGUACUGACCAAGGGGAUGCCAGUGUGAACAGCUGGUACAGCCCCACCAGUGCAUACCAGUUGAAUAGCAGCUGGGCUCAGCACCCACAUCUAUGGGCAAACCACAUAGGUGCUACUCCCUACUUGUUUUGCAUGACAGCCGCAGAAAAGCCUGACAUGGGCCACUGGCUAAAGCAUCAAGACUCACCAGGUGUGAAUGAUUGUCCCAAAGGGAAGAACUCUGUAGGAGAAAUAUUUCCAACAGCUUCCUGUGAGGCCCCACUGAUUAGGAUAACAAUACAUCUUAGAAAAGCCUUUAGGGAAUUAUCUGGCAGCAGUGCCAAAUGAAAACAAAUUUCUGGGGUCUCAGAAACUGUUGUGGUCUGUAGGACAAGUGUAUGUCACAGGAAUAAAUCCAUUCUCUUAUUUCCCAAUGAAGAUUUAAAAUGGAUUUUUUUUCUUCAUUAUGAUAGUAUCUCCACACUGCUGCAUAACAAGAGUUGUUCUAGCAGGAAUCAAAUGAUUUGCAGAGGUCUUGCCAUCAAAAACUUCAAAAUAAGCAGGGUUUGGUUCUUUUAUUUCAAUUUUAACAUGAACUCUGGCACUUUCAAGAGACAAAUGGGUAUAAAAAAAAUGACAUGAAUUUAAUCACAUGGCGAUUCCAACUGAGCUGCUGCUGGUCAGGUUCUGUUUCUUGCAUAAUCAGUGGAGAACUAUUGAUUUGGUCAAUGUUGGCUUGUUUUCCUUUAUUCCAGUCGGCAGAGAGCACCUCAAGCAGUCUGUACAAUCAAUAAGCAACAUUAUAGAAUCUCCCUUCAGGGACCAUUAACGCCCGUCUCACUGUCUCUGCCAGAAUACAAUGCUUGAUACUAGUCCUGGGCCAUCUCACUGUACAGGGUGUCAGUCUGAUCUAACUCAAUAUGCCCAAAGCAUCUGGAGCACAGCCAUCAUGAGGCUUCCUAGAUACUUGAUAUGGAUUUAGAUGCCAUUACCAAAUGCUCAUCAUUGCAUGUCAAGCCCAGUGGACUCAUUCUUCAAUAUGGGACUGCUGGAUUCCGAACAAAAGCAGAACAUCUUGAUCAUGUCAUGUUUCGAAUGGGAUUAUUAGCUGUCCUGAGGUCAAAACAGUCAAAAUCUACCAUAGGUGUCAUGGUGACAGCAUCACAUAAUCCUGAGGAAGACAAUGGUGUAAAAUUGGUUGAUCCUUUGGGUGAUAUGUUGGCACCAUCCUGGGAGGAACAUGCUACCUGUUUGACAAACGCUGAGCAACAAAAUAUGCUGAGAGUAUUGAUGGACAUCAGUGAGAAAGAAGCUGUGAAUCUGCAACAAGAUGCCUUCGUAGUGAUUGGUAGAGAUACCAGGCCCAGCAGUGAGAAACUUUCCCAGUCUGUAAUAGAUGGCGUGACUGCUCUUGGAGGUCAAUUCCAUGAUUAUGGCUUGUUAACAACACCCCAACUGCACUACCUGGUGUGCUGUCGAAACACCAGUGGCCAAUAUGGAAAGGCAACUGUAGAAGGCUACUACCAGAAGCUCUCUCGGGCCUUUCUGGAACUUACCAAACAGGCUUCCUGUAGUGGAGAUGAACGUAGAUCUCUCCAGGUUGACUGUGCCAAUGGCGUAGGGGCCCUGAAGUUAAGGGAAAUGGAGCGCUACUUUUCCCAGGGACUGUCAGUACAACUUUUUAAUGAUGGAACCAAAGGAAAACUCAAUUUUCAAUGUGGUGCUGACUUUGUGAAGAGCCAUCAGAAACCUCCACAGGGAAUGGAAAUGAAGUGCAAUGAGAGAUGCUGUUCCUUUGAUGGAGACGCUGACAGAAUUGUCUAUUACUAUCAUGACACUGAUGGUCAUUUUCAUCUCAUAGAUGGAGAUAAGAUAGCAACACUAAUUAGCAGUUUCCUUAAAGAGCUCCUCCUGGAGAUUGGAGAAAAUUUGAAUAUUGGUGUUAUACAAACUGCAUAUGCAAAUGGAAGUUCAACAAGAUAUCUUGAAGAAGUUAUGAAGGUACCUGUCUAUUGUACUAAAACUGGUGUAAAACAUUUGCACCACAAGGCACGAGAGUUUGACAUUGGGGUUUAUUUUGAAGCAAAUGGGCAUGGCACGGUACUAUUUAGUAAAGCUGCUGAAACAAAGAUAAGGCAACUAGCAAAAGACCUAGAAGAUAAUAAAAGGAAAGCUGCUAAGAUGCUUGAAAACAUCAUUGACUUGAUUAACCAGGCAGCUGGUGAUGCUAUUUCUGACAUGCUGGUGAUUGAGGCAAUCCUGGCGCUCAAGGGACUGACUAUACAACAGUGGGAUGCAUUCUACACGGACCUUCCACAGAGACAGGUCAAAGUUAAGGUUGCAGACAGGCAAGUUAUUAGCACCACUGAUGCUGAGAGACAAGUGGUUACACCCCCGGGACUACAGGAGGCAGUAAAUAACCUGGUGAAGAAGUACAGACUUUCUCGAGCUUUUGUUCGGCCAUCUGGGACAGAAGAUAUAGUCCGAGUAUACGCAGAAGCAGACUCGCAAGAAAGUGCGGACAGCCUUGCACAUGAAGUGAGCUUGGCGGUAUUUCAGCUGGCUGGAGGAAUUGGAGAAAGACCUCACCGGGCUUCUGAAGACAAAUGAAUUUUUAAGAAGUUUUUAGA